AUGGUCGAAUGUCCCACGGACCACAGCGUCGCCACCUCCAAGAUGAACCUUCGUCUGCAACCCCGCAGUAGCUCACAAGGCAAUCCAAUGAGCAACCGAUCGGAACGGAGGACGGCGCUAUUGGCUCGGGAACUGGAGCGCCACAGGGUGGACAUCGCUGCACUAAAUGAGACCUGGUUUUCCAAACAAGGCCAAAUGGAGGAAGUGGGUGCCGUCUACACCUUCUUCUGAAGCGGUCGUCCGAAGGCAGAGCGACAUGUGGGCGUCUCCUUUGCCAUCCGGAACGACAACGUGGGACGACUGCCCUGUCUGUCGCAGGGCAUCAAUAAUCGUCUGAUGAGUUUUUGUCUGCCUCUCCAGGGAGGCAAAUUUGCCAUCAUAGUCAGCACCUACGUUCCCUGAUGACCAGCCCUGACGCCUCAAGGAACAAAUUCUAAGAGGACCUUCACGCGCUCCUGCCGGCUGUGCCGAAGGCAUAUAAGUUGAUUGUCCUUAGUGACUUCAACGCACGCGUCGGUACGGACCAUACUGACUGGAGAGGAGUUCUGGGUCCCCAUGACCUCAAAGGCUCCAAUGACAGUGGCCUACUCCUCCUACGAACCUGCGCAGCACACCGCCUCACCCUGACCAACACGUUCUUUCUCCUUUCGACGCCAUAGAAGGCCACCUGGAUGUACCCUCGGUUGCGACCCUGGCACCUGCUGGACUAUGUCCACGUUCGCAGGCGAGACCAGCGGAACGUGCUGGUGACAAAGGCGACCCCGGGUGCGACAGGUUGACUGAUCAUCGCCUCAUCAUCUUCAAGAUGAGCAUCCGCCUACAGCCUCGCAGGAGACCUCAAGGUAGGCGACCCCCAGGUAAGUUGAAUAUUGCUUUGUCGUCUUUGCCUGCUCACUAUUUGCAUUUCAACAAUGAACUAACUCAACGGCUAAUCAUCCAGUCACCGUUGCUACCGCCGACGAGAACGCCUCCGUGGAGAACCGAUGGUGCCAGUUGAGGAACACGGUCCAGUCAACCGCCUUGACUGUCCUCGGUCGCGCACGUCGUCAACACCAGGGCUGGUUCGACGUCAGUGCCAUCGCCAUCAGCAACUUACUUGCCGAGAAGAACCGACUGCACAUAACCUACGUCAAUCGCCCUACUGAAGACAACAAAGCAGCCCUCCACCAUAGUCGCCGCCUCGUGCAACAGCGGCUGCGAGAGAUGCAGGAGGCCUGA